AUGAACCUGGUCCGUAUUACACCUCUUAUUUUCCUGGGAAUAUUCCUAUGUUCUCAUAUAGGCAAUGGUCUGGGCGAUAAGGUUUUUCACAAGAGUACCUGUAUCCAAUUGCAACAGGAGAAAGUUCAGGUUAAGCAGCUGAAGAGUUACACCAAACAAACCAUUCCAAGGGAAGCAAUUUUGUUUAUAACAAGAAAAGGUAAAGAGUUAUGUGCAGAUCCCAGCAUGCCUUGGGUCAUAAAAGCUGUUGCUGCCAUUGAUAGAAGAGCUAAAAAACAACUAAACAGCAAGAAAGCAACCAACAUG